AUGCCCGAAUAAAACAAGCCUAUUGGACCUUGCCAGAUGACAUCAUCCAGUAAAUUAUCAAGAUAUGAUGAGGAUAGGAAUCUUCGAAUAACAUAAUUUAAAAUUAUUUCUUAGGCUUAUCGAUUACUUUCAAAUCCUGAUCAUAGGUGUCGAUAUGACGAAAUUUAAGCCUAAGAAAAAGCUAAAUUAGCCUAUUUUAAAUAAUAAAGAAUUUCAUCAAUGGAAAUUAAGUAAGAACAGAACAGAAUAAUGAUACUAAUACAAAAGAAACAAAAAUUAUUGAACAUGAGUUUAAAAUUAGUAAGUUACUUUAAUCCAAAAGAAAAAAAUUAGAAAACAUCAUUUUGA